AUGUCAUUUGGGAAGAAGAAUGCUCCAACUACCUUCCAGAGAAUGGUAGAUCACCUCCAGGACUGGAUGACACCAUCAUCACCAUUUGGUCCACCUAGGCGUCGUUCUAACCUGCAUCAGGGCCGCCGGUCUGGCCCUGAAGCCCGACAAGUAUGCCUCCAUGUUCGGGUUGGGAGCAGUACUGAGCCAGGUGGACAAGGAAGGGCAGGACCACCCUGUAGCCUACAUCAGCUGGAAGCUAUUGCCCAGGGAGUCUGUGUAAAAUCACUUCCUGUGCUGGCUGCUGCUGGGCACCACAAGACCACUGAUAUCUAUCAGCUACUGAUACCCAGAGAGCAGUUACCUCUGAGACCUGCUGCCAACAUGGAGUCGCACGUGUCGGAUACACAGAGAUCUGAUGACCAGCAGACUGUAGACACGUCCCAGCAGACUAUACAAUACAAUGAUAAAGUGACGGACACAACCUGUAUACAGAUCAAACAGGAAGAAACAGAUCACCCCAUAUCUCACCGAAUAGUUCCCACAGAGGAUAAACCUUCCACGUUCUCUGUGAGUCCAAAACCUUUUAUAAAACCGGAAACUCUUCAAUCCAAGCAAAUAACUGAAGCAGACGAAAAGCCUUUUACCUAUAACGGAUGUGAUAAAACCUUUACAGAUAAUGUCUCGAAUACUACAUCUCCACACCAGAAAACAGAAAAUAAUAGAUUAACUCCAGACAGCCCCCCAAAAAACAGCUCUAAAGACGAUGACCAAACUCUAGAUAUGUCCCAGGAGACAUUUCAAGAUAACGAUCAACUGAUGGAACUUGGACUACACAUAAUAUGCGUAGACAUCAAACAAGAGGAAAUAGAUCACCCGAUAUCUGAAGAAAUAUUUCCCACAGAGGAUAGACCUUCCACGUUUGCUGAAAGUUCCGAAAAUGAAGCUCAUCAAUCUAAACAAACUAUUGAAUCAGAGAAAAAGUCUUUGACAUGUACAGAUUGUAAAAAAACCUUUGCACAUAGGUCAGCUCUCCUCCAACACCAAAAGAUUCAUACAGGGGAGAAACACACCUGCAAAGAGUGCGGUAAAGAUUUUACACAAAAAUAUAGUCUGAGAUGUCAUGAAAGGAUCCACAGAGGUGAGAAGCCAUUUGCUUGCACAGAGUGUGGGAAAGCUUUUACGAUAAAACAAAAUCUUAAACUUCAUGAAAGGAUCCACACAGGUGAGAAACCAUACUGGUGCCCAGAGUGUGGGAAGCGGUUUUCACACAAGCCAGGUCUUCUAAGUCACAGAAGAGUUCAUUUUGUGGACCUUAGUAAAGUGGAGCUUUACAAAGAGACUUUCACCUGUGUAGAAUGUGGGGAAAUUUUUCCCAAAAAAAAUCAACUGCAAUGUCAUAUGCGGUUUCAUGAAACUGUAAAUCCAUUUACUUGCAAUGUGUGUGGGAAAGUUUUUUCACGAAAGGGUACAUUGAAAACUCAUAUGCAAAUUCACACAGGGGAAAAACCAUUCAGUUGUAAAGAGUGUGGGAAAAGCUUUUCUCAUAAGACUCAUUUCGAUUCUCAUAUGUGGGUUCACACAGGGGAAAAACCGUUUAGUUGUCCAGACUGUGGGAAAAGCUUUACACAAGAGAUUGGUCUUGUUUAUCAUCAGAGAAGUCACACAGGGGAGAAACCUUACACGUGUACACAGUGUGGGAAAAGCUUUGCACAAAAAGGUCAUUUUAAUACUCACAUGCAGAUUCACACACGUUAAAAAAACAUUUAAUUAUAUGGAGUAUGGGAGGUUUUACACAUCAGAUUAAUUCAUUCUGUGAAUGCUUUUGCCCUGAGCAUGCAAUAGGAUUUUUUGAAACGUCACAUGCUGUAUUUAUACACAGGGAAAAUCAUUUACUUAAACAGAAUGUGGGAAAUUUUAUACAUGGAUGAGUCAACAGAAAUCUCAUUUGUGUAUAAAGACUGAGGGAAACCAAAUGUACAAAGUGUAAAAAUGCUUUGUAUGAAUCUAAUGGUGGAUCUUCUCACGCAAUGAAGAAUUCAUAGUGGGCUGAAGUCAUUUGUGUGUAAUUAAUGCAGUAAACAAAUAUGCAGCUACCAAACUAUACAGGGGAGUAACAGUUUAUUUGCAAAGUUUUGUAGAAGCUUUAGACAAAAAUGAGAUUCCUUAAUCAUUGUAAGUGCUUCUAAUUAUUGUUUAUUUUAUUGUAAAUCUCAGAUCUAAAUUUCUUUUCUGUUGUCCCAUAUUUCUCAUGUCCUUAUUAUACUCACAUCUGGCACUGCCUAAACUCUGUUGAGAAAUGGCAAAACCUCUCCUCAGACUACCAAGACCACAUCAUUAGGUUAGUUUCUACCUAAACAUUAUUGUUCAGACUCCACCAAAUAAAUGAUCAGACUAGUAUCUGCACCACCAGUGCUAUUCAUUUAGAUCGCACACAAUAGAAAGCAUUUUAUACAGAAUGGGGGACUAGUUUUACAUAUUGUAUUCAUGUGAUUCACAUGAGAAAAAAAACAUUAUGUGCAAAGACACUAGUGAAGUUACCAGCAGAGAAGUCCAAAGUAACAAUUUAAAGAUGAGUAGCUGGAUAGUCUGUCCAUAGAGCACAGUACAGGCAAGUGAGAGGCAAAAACGCAUAAAUCAGGAUACUAGCCAGCGUCAAGAUCAAGGAAACAAUUCAGGAGCAGGAGUGCCAGUUUAUCCAUAAAGAAUCAUCAAGCACAGAACUGGUUUUUAUCCUCAUCCUCAUCCUGGGUCCUUGGUGCAAAAAUACACUCAGGGUAAUUUCAUAUGCUAAUGUCACAAGUAUAACUACCUUUAGCACAGGUAACUUUAUCCAGAAUAGCAUUAAUUUCACAGGGAGGCUCAGAUAUGGUAUCCUAAGUACACAUCUUCAUAACUAAUUUCAGUAGAAGGGCCAGCCUUCUAACCAUAACUAACUUCUCCUUAUACACUCUGUUAAUUAAAGAACAAGCUUGGAGAGAAAUAAGGGAUCCAAUACCACCCACCUCACUAAGCCUCUUCAAAAGAGCACCUGGAGCUGUGCCCAGAAAGCCGGGCCUGACACUAAUCUUCAUACAGUAGAGCGAGGAAAUGUUUCACAAUCUAGUUACUGACAAACGAGAAACCUGUUGUGUCCAUAGUAUUUGGCUAGAUUUUCUCGCAACAGGAGAUUAAUCAAAUAUUUGAGACAUGGUUACGUAUGAGAAGAAUCACUCAGGUAAAAACUGACACACAAUAGUAGAAUCAUGCACAGACUUGAUCAUGAUGUUUAAAUGAUUUAGUUCAUAUAGUUAAUUUGCCCUUAUUAUGAUAUAUUGUAUUGUUUCUGGAAGAAGCUUCAUUUUACAACAGGAUAUUUGAUGUGAUACGGCCACAGAGAAGAAGCAAACAAACAUAAGAUAAACUAUAAUUUUGGAUCAUAUUAGUUUUUGGUCAUUACAUCCUAUUGAAUGAACCCUUUGUGUACCACAGUUGUCUUCUCCAUGCCAAGCGUUGGACACAUUUAUGUUUUUGGCAUCAUAAGUUAAAUUGUGUUUUCUUUUCAUAAUAUAGUUUACAUACAGAAAUGUAUCUAUUGCUUUUUGUUUGAUAAGCAUCAGGUUAUCUUUAAUAUUGCACAUGUUGAAUUGAUUAGAUGUCAUUUGACAAUGCUGUAAAGUUUCACUAAUAAAAAUUGAAGAUAAGUUAUUUUAA